AACGCGCGAGACGCGAGCGGACUGAGAGAGGAAGUUAGACCUGGAGAGAUUUUCCCCAGUCCUGUCUGAUGAGAUGUGUGAAGGCGAGCCUCGGCGUCGGCGUGUGAUGUGAAGAGACGACGCUGCCCGUGUGUGUGUGUGUGUGAGUGCGAGAUGAAGCUGAACGAGCGGAGCGUGGUGCACUACGCCACCUGCGGCGUUCCCCCGGAUAAGUCGGGUUUUCUGAUGAAGAAGAGCGAGCGCAGCGGGACGUUCCACCGGCGCUGGUGCGUCCUGAAGGCCAACCUGCUGUUCCUGUUCGAGGAGCGCGGGCGGCGCGAGCCCCUGGGCCUGGUGGUGCUCGAGGGCUGCACGGUGGAGCUGUGCGAGAGCGAGCGCGUCGACUUCGCCUUCGUCAUACGCUUCGGGCCGAGCCACGCGCACACGCUCGCCGCCGACACGCAGGCCGAGAUGGAGGACUGGGCCAAGGCGUUGGCGCGCGCCAGCUUCCAGUACUUGCGCCUGGUGGUACGCGAGCUGGAGAAACAGCUGGAGGAGGCGCAGAAGGUGCAGGAGCACGGCGCGGCGGAGGGAGGAGGAGGAGAAACCCCAGAGGACACUCCUAAUCCAACAUGCAGGGAGAACGGAAUUCCCUGGAACGAACCGGAAGAGUUUGGAAACCUGGGACGAGAGAACAGCAUCUCCUGGAACAAACCGAACGGCGUGUCCUGGGACGGCGACGGCGGCGGCUCGCGGAUGCGUCCUCCACCCGUUCCUCCGCGCAGGAGAAGCCCUCCGGAGGUGCGCGCGGCACACGGCGAGGUGGGCGUGUCUCCUGGAACCACCUGCUUCUCCAAACUGCACGACUGGUACGGGAAGGAGGUGGCUCAGCUGCGGCGCGAGUGGCUGCAGAGUCAGUAGAGACGCCGUCUGCUGCUGAGACGAGACGAGGAGUCUCUCCGUCUGCAAUCCAAUAGUGUUUUAGAUGCAUUCCUAAAUAAAGGAUGAAGAAGUGUUGGUGCGAAUCAGACCCGGAGCUCCAAGCUGCCGUCUAGACGGAAAGCGUCUGCGUCUAAACAGUCUCUCAGCAGACUUGUCACCCUCUCCUUUAAUGUCUCGGUGCUUCACCAUCCUGCCUUCACCUAACACUUUUAAUCAGACUCUGAGUUGAUUACAUUUUUUUUCAUUUCCCCCUCUGUUUACUCUCACUUGUUUAUACACAAACUGAUACAUUUUAUAUUUUAUACAGUCUUUUAGUGUGUAUAAUGUCAUUAAGGGGUGUUUUUUAAUCCACUUCUUACUGUUUUGAUAUUUCAGUGCCUUUUAUUUUGUUGAACCGCCUGGAGUUCCACCGCACAGGUAAUAAAAUCUUGACCCGAGCUUUACCGGAGAUCACGACGCGAGGGUUUCUUUAAAAAGUGAAAAUAAAAACAACACUCAAUCCAACUGUUGCCGUGGUAACGCUACAUCACAUGGUGUUCUACCACAAUUUUAUAAUUAAAACUUUUUGGAUUAACAUCUAAGAUCCAAUCCAUCAAUAGGUGAUGUACAGCUCUCCUAGCUCCGCCCCCCUCUCCGAGAGAUACAAAGUAGAAGAGAGCACAGUUAAAAUAAAAAAUCAGGGGGCAAAUAAUAAAAAAACUAAAAACUUCUUGUGCCAAACCUUUUUUAAUUUGUGCGGUGGAGAUCCAAAUGUGUUUCAGUAACUCAUCAUUAGUUAUUAACACGUGUGUGUGUGUGUGUGUGUGCGAGAGCGAGCUGGAGCUGGUCUUCAGCACUGUGUCAUACUGGUUAUACUGGUGAGGUUUAAACACAAUAAUGUAAAUUUUUUUUCUUUCAACAGAUUUUUAUAUAGGAACAGUUACCAAGGUUAUGCUUAGCUAGCUAGCGUCGCUAGUCCUCUAGGUUGAGGGUUUUAGAUUUUAUCCUAAACGUUUUAAUAAAAUGUUUUAUUGAGAAAGAAACAAACACACACACGGUACUCUACAUUGUGGUAGCAUUACGAUGAUGAUGAUGAUGAUUGUUUUAUUUUUGCACUUUGACAAUUUUUGGGAGACGCCUUUACCCCCUUAACAACCCCCACCACCCCCCCCCCAACCCUGGCGGAGUGUGUACGACGCCAUCACCAGGACACUCUUGAUAUGGUGUAGCAACUAAUCUAAUACUGUAUGUGUGUACUCUAAAUCUAUGUCAUGUAUGUUCGUAACUACACGUCUCACCAGCACUUUUUAUACGUAUUUACUACAUCUGACAGCUCCCCCCCCCCCCCCCCCAAACAAAACAAAACAACAACCCCACAGCUGUUUUAUUUCUCUUACAACACACACUUCCCUCUCUAUUUUGAAUAUUAUGUCUUAUAUCUGACUGUUACAGAGCACAGACACCGGAGACUCCUCCCACAAGUUACUCCAUAACUUGCUUUCUUCCUGUGGACAAGCUGUUGCUAUGGAAACCAAUCAGAGCACAGGCCACAAUAUAAAAAGUUUGACAGUGAUGUUGAUGAGGCGCUCACACACAGAACUGUCAGGACCCUAAGAAGACGGUUCAAACUGUGUGUGUGUGUGAAGGAUGUAACACUCGAAUCCUGUUUCAGAAAUGUCUUAACACUCACAAGUUUCUCUCCUGUAUACAAAUAAACCACUUGUUUCUUCCCC